AUGUUUAGCCGUGGUUUGAAUCCACCACCGCCAUCGAUUUUGUUCCAGAAAUGCCAGCUUCGUUCAAGCAAUUGGGCCAAGACAUUGCUCUCAAAUUCGACGGUGACCCCUUUCAAAAGCGCAAACUUCAGCGCACAGGAAGAGCGACGACAAACUCGCUGCGUGGACGUUACACCUCCUCUUAUCACUCGAAAUGACUGCAGUGGUGUCGAGGCUGCCGCGCUGCCGGUGACCCAAGCCAAUCGCCACUCCCCGCCGUUACACCUCUCGCACGGCGGGGCGUGCUCCUUCCUGACACGCAGAUCAAACUUCCAAUCUCCCCCCUCCGAAACGAUUGUGAACCUGUGCCUAAGGUUUCCGUUCGAGGUUCUCUAUGCAGUAGCCGACAAUAAGCUUGACCGCAAUAAGAUCGGUAGCCUCGAGAAGACAAGCUCAGCUUGA